AUUCAAAUAAAGACUGAAAACUAGCAGCACAAUUAUGCAAGGCACCACUGUGUUGUUUAUAUUUAGUUUAAUUAAGAUUGUUCUUGGAUGUUCACCACUUGUAACCCAUGACCAAACGACUUACUGCAGAGCUGCUUACGUAUUCACAGGCAAAGUACAGCGUUCAAACACUAUGGGCUUUCAGUCCGACUUUCAGAUUCGAGUGACAUCAAAUGUAAAGGGAAAAAUAGCUUCGAAAGGAAGGGAGAUAACAGUGUAUGGUAAAGGAGACAUGCAUCCUUGUGGAUUUACAAGUCUGAGAAUCAACAAGGAAUACAUCUUAUUUGUUUCCAUUGAUGAAGCAUCAGCAGCUAAAAAGAUAAAAAUCAUUGACUAUCAAGAAAUGAGCCAAACCACUUUAAACAGUAUGAGGAAUUACGACUGCUCUUGUGUGAUCGAGAUCAACCUUCCACAACAAUCAACUCCCUACACUGACAUCGCUGCCAGAAACAAAUGUGUUAUCACAGAGAAAGAACACGACUGCACAUUCAAGAAUGGAUACUGCUCCAGAAAACACUCACGUUUUGGGACACGUGUGUGUCAGUGGAUUCCAGGAGUGACGAAUUGCUAAAUAUUGUAAAAGCUUUCGAAAUUAAAACAUUGUUGCAAGAGA